CAUCGACCGACCCAACGCCAAGGGAGAGGAAAAAGCGCGGGCACCGAAGAAGAAGCAGGAGCGAGGCGGCGUAAGUAACGGCCUGGCGCAGUCGGUCGGUGGUGCCGUGAAUUUGGAUUCACCGUGAAGUAAUGGUUAACUCUAACGGACUUUGGAUGCUGCCGUCCAAAACUUCCACGGCGGUGAACAAGGUCGGCGUCUUGAAUGCAGUUCCCAGGUAGACGUCGAGUGUAACGGCUCCGCGCUGCUGGUCGAGACAGUGUGUUUUUACUUCGUCAGAGCGGAAUGCAGCGGCCGCCGAGCUGCGCUUAAACCUCGGAGCCCGGUCGAUGAACAUGAACUCCAUCUCUACGCAGACAGCUGAGUUGUGUAUUUAAAAACAAACAAAAAAAACUAACUGGCGCUUGAAGUCAUGGCGAACGACUUUGUAAAGACGUUUGUGCAGAUGUGCAAUUAUCUCCAGCAGCCCUGCCAUGUAGCGAGGUUUCAGAGUUUCUGCGGCGUUAAGGGGACGUUUCCGGAUAAAGCGACCAAGCCGGAGGGCGGACAGUCAGAGCCGGACUGUCCCGGGCCGAGGCAGAGGGUCCAAAGCUCAGACGUCAGGGUUGGGAACGGGGCGGCCGGGGAUGCCGCCGCACCGCGGGUUAACGGGAUGCAGGGUGACAUUACUGUUAGGCCCGACGGUUCAGCAGCAGCAGCAGCAGCAGCAACUAAUGUCGACUCAGACAUCGCCAGAGCAAAACCCCUCCGGAAAAACUCCCUGACCGGGGACGUGGGUCAAGAGUUCCUGAUCCACAACAAGUUUCUCUUCUACCUGUUCACGUUUGGGACCGAGCUGGGUAACGAGAUGUUCUUCAUCGUCUUCUUCCCCUUCCUCUUCUGGAACAUCGACGCCCUGGUCAGCCGGAGACUCAUCGUGGUCUGGGCCUGGAACCUGUUCCUGGGGCAGUCCACCAAGGAUAUGGUGCGCUGGUCCCGGCCGGCCUCCCCGCCCGUGGUGAAGGUGGAGGUCUUCUACAACUCCGAGUACAGCAUGCCCUCCACCCACGCCAUGACAGGGACGGCCAUACCUUUCUGUCUCUUCAUGCUGACCUAUGGGCGGUGGCAGUACCCCUUCCUCUUUGGCUUUUGUGUGGCUCUCAGCUGGAGUGUCCUGGUGUGUGUGAGCAGAGUCUACAUGGGGAUGCAUUCUAUUCUGGAGGUUAUCACUGGCUUCCUGUACAGCCUUCUCAUUCUAGCCUUCUUCCAGCCAAUUUUGGACAAGAUCGACACCUUCUACAUGAUGGAACACUAUGCUCCGCUUGUGAUUAUCGUCUCGCAUGUGAGUCUAGGCCUUGUGGCUUUCUCCCUGGAUUCUUGGAGCACCUCUCGGGGCGAUACAGCUCAGGCCCUGGGCACCGGGGCAGGAGCUGCUUUGGCUACCCAUGUGAACUAUCAGCUGGGGCUGCUGCCGGAUCCGCCGCUCUCCGCACUUCCUCUAACUUUACCGCCAAUCAGCACGAGCUUGGUGGUUCACUCCCUGCUGCGCUUCUUCGUGGGAGUCGCCGUCCUCCUGGUCACGAGAAUGGUCAUGAAAGCAGUGACUAUUCCCUUCUUAUGUCUACUGUUUGGGCUGCCCUCAGAUGAUGUAAGACGGGCGAGGCAGCACAUGAGAGUAGAGUUGCCAUACCGUUACAUUGUCUACAGUGUUGUGGGUUUUAGUUGUGUCUGUGUGGUGCCUCUCCUUUUCAGGAUCUUAAACCUUGCCUGAGUGUUGUGGUCAAACUGUCGAUGUAUUGCUGACAUGUUUACCUACAUGGUGAAGGCAAUGAGCACCUAGUUACAUGCAGAUAAACGCUCUGUUUCUGCUCAACAGUAACUGAUUUAAAGGAUUAAUCUAGUUUUAUUCUACAUUUCUUUUUUUCUUAUUGUCAACAAAUCCCAUCUGCGACUCAAUAUAGUUCCUAAUAGACGAGCUAUUUACUUCAAUUUGAGUAUCCUCAGCUAAAAACUGCAGUGCCUGACUGUCUUUUAAAAAAAAAGAAAGUAUAUAUUUGUGACCCAUUUUUACAGAUCUACAUCUUCAGUAGGAGCCAGUGGACUUUGGGCUGAGAGCCACAAACUGGGGGAAGUCAGAGUAUGGAGAGAUGGAUUAUCACAUUGUUGGUUUUGGCCUUUUCAUGGGAUUUGUUGACAGAAUCAAAAAUAUAGAAUAUCGCCAGUCUCAUCCUUCAAGACCCUCCUGUGGUCAGUCAAGUGUUAAAGCAUUCCAGUUAACACAUUUAUGCGUUAACUGGAACUUUGCAAAUACAAAAUCUUUCAGAUGUACUGUAAUUAUGCCUGAAUUCAUUCAUGAGCAGAAUCUAUUGUACAUUUCCAUCAUUUGAUUGACACCUAUAAUAAUGUUAUCGGAGAACUCCAUACGCUAAGGAUAAACUGACCCAUGAAUCAGUUUGACAUCGCUUCACUUCUCAUUUGUUGCCAUGUUCAAAUGCAAAAAAGCCUGGAAGCAAUGAAAUGCUGUAAGUAUUUAAGCUCACAGGUGUAAGGGUAGUUCGCCAUCUCUAUUUAAAUCUAGAAGACUUUUUCUCUUUGAGCAGGUCUGUUGUGUUACUACUGUUGUUCUGCAUUACCAUUGUCAGCAUUAUCUUGCCGCCUUCUUUUUGUACAUUUCUUGUACCACAAAAUUGUUUGUAAUUUUGGCACUAAUGUAAACUAAGUGCUCUCUUAAAUAAUCAUUUGAAAAUAUCUAAUUAAGAAAAACAAAUAUUUUUGAUAAAUUAUUUUAUCAUAUUAACCAUUCUGAGCUAAAGUAUCGCUCUAGAAAUAAGAAAUCUAAAUAUAUUAAUAUGAGUUCCAGGGCUAUUUCAGUUGUCCUUAUACUACAGUAUAUUAAAAACGCUGACCCUAGCACUUGUCUAAACAUUGUAAUUGUUUGUUUUUUCCUGAUGUAAUGUUGUAAAAAUGGUUUACUCUAAUGUUCAUUACAGAAUAUGAAUGCCAGAGAUCUCAUAUCAUGAGUACUCAUGGAAUAUUUAUAGAUCUAAUAUUACCAUCAACUCUCAUCUUUUUUUCUGUUAUGCAAGGACUGUAUCUGAAAAAAUAUGGAAACAGGAAAAAUAAAAUACUCACAAAAAAAAAAGAAAAAAACACAUUUUGAAUGCAUGUUAUUUUUGGAAUUGCUCUGGUUUUAUUUCUCUUGUAAGGGAGUAUCAGACGAGGUCCAAUCAACGCAUCUACAUUGAGUUGUCUGUAUU